AGGGGGAAGGGAGAUCAGCUGGAGUGAGUCGACUGGCUGCAAGUAGCAGUGACAUCCCCCUGGUUUGCUGUUUAAUGAAUGCUUUUCCCAGCAGUUAGCAGCGUGUAAUAUGUUCACUAGAGUCAAAUCUGCCGUGGUCAGUUUCAUGGGAGGAAUCAUGGCUGGCAGCUCCGGCUUGGAACAUGUCAACGGCUCUGACUUGCCUGUCAGGUUCUCAUAUACUAGACCUGAGUUCCUCGGUCUGUCUCCAGAUGAGAUUGAGUGCUCGGCCGAUCAUAUCGCUAGACCCAUCCUCAUCCUAAAGGAGACGCAAAGGUUACCAUGGAGCACCGGCUAUGCGGAAGUGAUAAAUGCGGGUAAAAGCACACACAAUGAGGAUCAAGCAAGCUGUGAGGUAGUGUUUGUGAAGAAAAAAUCUGGAGUCCAGUCUACACCUAACAAAAACUCUUCAAGCAAAAGGAGGUCAUCUCUGCCAAACGCAGAGGGCUUACAGCUUAAAGACAACCAGGAAGUAGAUGGAAUAACAUUCCAUUACUGGGCACUGUUUGAUGGUCACGCUGGAGCAGGAGCUGCUGUUGUUGCAUCCAAACUUCUCCAUCACCAUAUAGCAGAGCAAAUUCCAGACAUAAUAGAUAUCCUGAAGAAUUCUGCUGUUUUGCCACCUACCUGUUUGGGUGAAGAACCAGAAAGCACCUCGAGCAACAGUAGAACACUUACUAGAGCAGCUUCUUUACGUGGAGGAUCGGGUGCUCCAGGAUCACCCAGCACACCGCCAACACGAUUCUUUACAGAGAAAAAGAUUCCACAUGAAUGCCUUGUAAUUGGAGCUCUUGAAAAUGCUUUUAAGGAGAUGGAUUUACGAAUUGAACGUGAAAGAAGCACAUACAGUAUAUCGGGUGGUUGCACGGCACUUAUUGUGGUAUACUUGUUGGGGAAAUUAUAUGUAGCCAAUGCUGGUGACAGCAGAGCUAUAAUUAUCCGAAAUGGUGAAAUCAUUCCAAUGUCUUCAGAAUUUACUCCAGAGACAGAACGACAGCGCCUCCAAUAUUUGGCAUUUCUACAGCCCCAUCUACUAGGAAAUGAGUUUACACAUUUAGAAUUUCCAAGACGUGUACAGAGAAAAGAGGUGGGAAAAAUGAUGCUGUACAGGGACUUCAACAUGACAGGCUGGGCAUAUAAAACAAUUGAAGAAAAUGAUUUAAAAUUCCCCCUGAUAUAUGGAGAAGGCAAAAAGGCUCGAGUUAUGGCUACUAUUGGUGUAACAAGAGGGCUUGGAGACCAUGAUUUGAAAGUUCAUGACUCGAAUAUUUAUAUUAAACCUUUCCUAUCCUCAGUCCCUGAGGUGAGAGUCUAUGAUCUAGUUCAACAUGAACACAGUGCAGAUGACGUGCUUGUUCUGGCAACUGAUGGACUAUGGGACGUCUUGUUCAAUGAAGAGGUUUUAGAAGCUGUUACGAGCUUCCUUGCAAACUGUGAUCCUGAUGACCCUCACAGAUACACACUGGCAGCACAGGACCUGGUAAUGCGGGCGAGAGGCGUGCUCAAGGACCGGGGCUGGAGAAUAUCCAACGACAGGCUGGGCUCAGGAGAUGACAUCUCUGUUUACGUCAUCCCUUUGGAACAUGGAAACAGAGUAUCAUGAUCUGAACGUUUUGUGGCUGCAUUCGUUUUGGGAAAAGGCAGAUUUUAUUGUUUAUAUACAUUUAAUUUGUUCUAAAAGUGAACAGAAAGCAAAUUCACUACUGGAAAAAACCCUGCUGUAUUUUACCUUGUGGUUUAGAAACCUCAGAGAGAGUAUAUUUAAAUGCUGCUAAUGUUAUGUGAAUUCACCAGUUAAAGCAAUUGGUUUUCCUUUUGUUCAAAAAGUACUUCUUUACAUUAUGGCAUUUAUUUUAAAAUAGAAGGAAGAUAUUGAGCCUGUUGUGGUUAAUGCAAUAACAGGUGCACCGCUUGCUCUAAGUCUAGUAGCUCAUAGCUUUCAAUCAGAUAUUUGCUUUCAUGGAGCACUAAAGUAAAUGCUAACUGCUGAUUUAGGUGAUGUAGGCUGCUAAGCCGGAAGCAAGCUUUUGCAGAUGGAGCAUCCCAAUAGGUUAUCCAUUCAGCUGCCUGCAGGCUUUGGUGCUGAUAUUGCUGCAUUACUGUGCAUCAGUGGGGAUAGGUACUUAUUGUAUUCUCAUAACUGCACUGUUGCAAGAAGAGCAGGCAGCAGCAUGGAAUUACCUCUAAAGGCUUCUCCAUCUGUAUUUCUCCGUCUAAAAAGAGGUACAUGUCAGGACCCUUUUAAACGUCAUAGAGAAAUGUAUUGAGUAUAUUUAACUUUAUUUAUUUAGUUUGGUUUUUGCAGUUUAAGAAGCUGUAUUCUUUUUAAAAUGGGUGUUUUUCAUUUGCACUGCACCUCACAGUGCAAGCUGAACUUUUCCCUGUUUCUAUAAACAUUUUGCUUGUUUGUAUGUUUAUU